AUGGAUGACAAACCCGCCAUUGAGCUAGCAGAAUGUGUGGAAGCUGGGACGAAGUCGCGGGGGAAUAUUCUGGUUGAUGCCGAUGGUCAGGUUCAGCGCUUGCCUGUGCCCAGCAAAGACCCCAAUGAUCCGUUGAACUAUAGCACAUGGGAAAAAACUGCGAUCAUUGUGAGCUGCUGCUGGUUUUCUACCAUGUCCUUGUCCUGCAUUGGGGGCCUUGGGGCAAUUCUCAACGUGUUCUUCCAGUUGUAUCUGCCUCAAGGAUAUACUACCAACCAAGUCGUCUGGUUAUCGACAUUCCCGUCCUUGUUUGUCGGAAUUGGUAAUUUUCUGAUCCUUCCACUUGGGUUACUUUACGGUCGCCGUAUCGCAACGAUCAUCUCAACAGUCGUCCUCCUGGGAGCCACCAUCGGAUGUGCCGUUUGCAACACAUGGGAACAGCAUCUGGCAUUACGAAUAAUACAGGGUCUUGCGGCAGGUGCUACAGAGUCAGUGGGCUCGUCCAGGAAGUUAAUAAUUCAUCCAAAUCAGGUUCUACCACUCAUUCUUGCCGAGGUGACUUUCGUUCAUCAGCAUGGAAUGGUAUACGGCCUUUACUGGGCCGCACAGAACGCGAUCACGGGCUGUCUUACUCUGGCAGCUUCUUAUGAGGUUGCUAGUCUCGGCUGGCGAUGGUUCUAUUGGGUCUUCGCCAUUGCGGUUGCGAUAGGGCUGGUUCUGGUGGUUUUUGGUGGCUUUGAGACCGGUUACAAGCGGCGGUCUCAGUUCGUCAAUGGUCGUAUGGUAAUAACAGACCGAUUUGGGGUGACCAGAAUGCUCACAGAGGAUGAAACUCGCGAGGUCCUUGAGUCCCAGGGACAUCCAUCCAGUGGUGAGGAAAUUCCAGAGGAGCUGCGACCCAAAAAGACGUAUUGGCAAAUGCUGAAGCCGUGGUCACAUCCAACCGAAAGCGCCCUCACCUUUAUCCCACAGAUCUUGUUUCAAAUCGUGGAAGCAUUACUGUGUCCUGGGAUUCUUUAUGCCACACUUCUUUCUUCUGUGGUCCUUGCCUCAUCAAUUGGCAUGUCACUAUCUUACAACACCGUUCUUGAGUAUAACUACCAUUGGGCACCUGAAUCAAUCGGAUUGAUUAACCUCGGCGGCGUGUUCGGUGGAUUCGGUGGGAUGUUGUAUGCUGGCUUCCUGGGGGAUAAAUUUAUCGUUUGGAAAGCAACAAGAAAUGGAGGAGCCUUUGCCCCUGAGCAUCGUCUCAUUCUCUUGAUCUUCCCUGGCGUCCUCGGAGUCGCGGCUCUUCUUCUUUACGGAUUUACAGCUGAUGGUGGCGCCACCUGGGGGGGCCCAUACAUGGGCUGGACGCUUUUCCAAAUUACUUUUGUUUCAGUUCUCAUAUUGUCGACCUCUUUCGCGGCCGAGUCAUGGGAGCGGAACCCUGGUCCUGCUCUUGUUGCGGUGGUCGGUAUGAAGAACAUCGUGGCAUUCGGUUUGAGUUACGGAAUCAACCCAAUGGUGGAGAAGUACAGCUAUCCAACUGCAAUGGGAAUCCUGGCCGCCGUCACCGGUGGCGUCUUCUUGCUGGGUAUUCCAGUUUACAUCCUGAACCCUAGGGUAAGCACCAAUGUUGGCAUUUACCACACUUUCUAA